UGCUCCAAGUUGUAGCCGCUGGGAGAAUGACUUCCUCUGAAACCUUGCGAAGUGUUGAAGAAGAUGAUUCUACAGCUAAGAAAAAACGCGACUUGUUCUACGAUGUUUAUGGACCCGAAGGCAAGGCAGAGGUUGUUUUCAAUUCACCAGAAGAUAAUUCAGUUCUUGAUCUAAAGGAUAUUCAAGGACUUGUAACUUGGGUGCUUGGGGAAGGAUUUAUGCCGUCAUGGGUUUUUAUCAAGAAUAAACCCCUUAUUCCCAAAGUGGUUAUGCUCUAUAUGCCAGGCCUAGAUGCAGCCUUGUUCUUGUCGCUGUCUAAAAUGCUUCACAAUUUAAAGAAAAUCUGUGGUAAACCAAGGCCUGUGCUGGCUCUUAGCUGUGUGUCAGAUAGUAUGCAGACGAUAGAUGCACUCCUAACAUGCAAGAUGAAAAGAAAAAGGGAUGAGAAUAGACCUGCUCUGACAUCACAUCAAGAAGAAGGUUCUCAUGAUACAGACAGUCUAACAUUUACUGAGCUUACGAAAGACAUACCUUUCCCUGUUACAUACUAUACACUAACUGAGAAAGAGCUAGAAGAGAAUGGAUAUUCUCUUAAUCAACCAGGUUUUCUUUCUACUUUGCCUGCACCUCCAGGAUCUCCUUUUCAUGAGAUGUUGGCACUUGAUUGUGAGAUGUGCAUAACAAAUGAAGGUUUUGAGCUGACAAGAAUUACUCUAGUGGACAUCAAAGGACAGGUUUUGAUAGAUAGAUUGGUUAAACCGUCAAAUGCUAUCAUUGACUACAACACAAGAUUUAGUGGAAUAACGCCUGAAAUGUUAAAUGGGGUGACAACAAGUCUGAGAGACAUUCAGGAACUGUUCCUAAAGUUUGUUUACGAGGAGACUAUCCUUGUUGGGCAUUCUCUGGAAAAUGAUUUAUUAGCAUUGAAGAUAUCCCAUGAAUUGAUCAUAGACACGGCAGUGUUGUACAGACACCCCCGGGGAACAUCUCAUAAAAAAGCUCUACGGUUUCUUGCUAAGAAAUUUCUAGCAAGGGAGAUACAACAAUCAACGAAUGGACAUGACAGCAUCGAAGAUGCUAGAGCUACCCUGGAAUUGGCACUGUUGAAGAUAAGAAAUGGGCCUGACUUUGGUUCCCCUCCAUCCUUUACAAGGAAAAAGUUCCUUUCUAUUCUGAGUGAGUCUGGCAAAACUUCGUCAUUGAUUGAUGAUAUAUCCAUAGUAAAACGGUAUGCCUCUGAGUCCUCUAAUGCAAUUCCAGUGAUCUCUGAUGAUGAAGCACUUGCAAAGACCAAGAAGGAGGUGAAGAAUGACAAGGUACAUUUUAUCUGGACACAGUUUUCGGAGCUACACUCAUACCUGAAGAAGCAAGCUGAAGAUUCUGAUAGUUUGAAUGAAAGACUUGCCGAGAUGAUGGCAUUACAAACGUGCCAGAACAAUUCUGCUAAACAGAAAGGCUUCAAGUUGAAAGCACCUGCUGAACUGAAGGAAAUUAUGGCUCGCAUGGAUGCUAGAAUUUAUAAUCUCUACUUGUCUUUACCCACAAAUGCUAUGAUGAUAAUUUUUACUGGUCACGGAGACACUGCUAUUGUCCGCAGGUUGAGGAGAAUGCUUGCAGAGCAGAAUGAAAGUAAUUUAUGCCGUGAGAAGAUUGUAGAAACUUUGGCAGAAUUUCAGGCCCAAGCAGAAGUAGCAUUGUGUUUUGUAGGCGUAAAGCAUUGAGUAUUGAGUGUAAUGAAAAUGAACUGAAAUCAAUUUUUGAUUGUGAACGUUGUAAAUAUAGUGGCAGAGGCCUUAGAGUAGUCAUACGUGUAUAAUAUGAAUAUGCCCCAAAUGUAUUGAAUUAAAUAGUUCUACAUCCGUUAAAAUUACUUAGUCAUUAUUUA